AUGGCGUCUACCCAUAAGCCGCUCUUUCCAGUGAAGAACUCACUGAAGUCUUACUGGAUGAAGGAGCCUCAUUCUCUGGCUUCUUUUCGCACUUCCAACGACCUCCCAAAACAAUGCGAUAUAGCCAUCAUCGGCACCGGAAUGUCCGGAGUCGCGACAGCCUACCAUAUACUAUCAAACCCAAAUAUUGGCCCCGAAAGACCUAGUGUCAUACUCCUGGAGGCGCGUCAGGCCUGUUCUGGAGCGACCGGGCGCAAUGGCGGCCACACUAAGCUGGCGAUGCCCACCGUUCACCGACUGGCCGAAACUCAUGGACCCGAAGCUGCGGCUCAAAUGGUUCAUCACCAGCUGAAUCAACUCACUGCUCUAAACGAAGUAGUUGAUAGAGAGGGUAUUGAUUGUGAAUUUUUGAGAACUCACUCUUUUGACAUCUUCUUUGAUGAGAAGUAUGCUCAGGAAAUGUAUGCAUUCAUUUCUGCUGAACUAGCCAAAGGGACGCCUUGGGUCGAAGAGGUCCAAUGGAUCGACAAAGAAGAGUCAGACAAGAUGACUGGUGUCAAGAAUACCAAGGGCGCCUUGAAGGUCCCCGCGGCGUCGCUAUGGCCUUAUAAACUUGUCACAGCAUUGCUUUCAAAAGCCUUAGAUUUAGGUGGUCAGUUAUACACAGAAACUUGUGUCACAGCCGUGAAAGAAGAAGAUAACGGUGAAAACAUUCUUACAACUUCCCGUGGACUAUUGACGGCGAAAAAGACCAUUCUUGCAACGAACGCUUAUACUGCCGCCCUGCUCCCUCAAUACGAAUCAGUCAUCACCCCAUUCAAAGGACAAAACUCGCAUCUGUCUCCAUCUCCAUCUUUCACACCGCCUAUGCCUCUUACCAACACUUACAAUCUUCAUUUCGAUUCGCGUUACGCAGACUACUUGAUCCCAAGACCGGACGGAACAAUCAUGCUUGGUGGCGCAAAAUGGACCUACGAACAUGAUCGUCAUGUAUGGUGGAACAGUGUUAAUGAUACGACAUUGAUCAACAAUGAGACUACGCAGCAUUUUGAUUCUGUAAUGGCUGAUCAUUUCCAUGGCUGGGAGAAUGCCGCUGCGGAACAUGACAUGGUCUGGACAGGUAUCAUGGCAUCCACACCAGAUGCACUACCUCAUGUGGGAAGGGUCCCUGGAUCUAAGAACCAAUGGAUUUUGGCGGGCUUCAAUGGUGCCGGUAUGCUGCAAUUAUUUACGUUGACCCAAGCAAUUGCCAAAAUGAUUACCGAGGAAGUUGAGUACGAAGGUACAGGGUUACCCGAGUUUUUUAAAGCCACGGAUGCUCGGUUGACUGUUCGCCACCAAAUGUAG